AUGGGCAACUGGCUGGUCAACCACUGGUUCUCGGCCGCUGUCCUUGCAGCCUGGCUGGGCAUCAACAUCUUCCUCUUCACGUACUACUUUCUGUUCUUCAACUGGGAUGAGCGGUACUUCUACACCAGGACCAUCCUCAGGUCCGCCUUGGCAUGGGCACGAGCAUCGGCCAAGUGCCUCAACUUCAACAGCAUGCUGAUCCUGCUGCCUGUCUGCCGCAACCUCCUCUCUUUCCUCCGUGGGACCUGCUCGUGCUGUAGACGGACGCUGCGGAAGCAGCUGGACCACAACCUCACCUUCCACAAGCUGGUGGCCUACGCGCUGGCCCUGCUGACAGCCGUGCACACCAUUGCCCACCUCUUCAACCUGGAGCGCUACAACCACAGCCAACAAGCCACCGACGGCAGCCUCCCCGCUGUCCUCUCCAAGAUGCAUCUGCAGGGCAGCAACAAGUGGCUGAACCCCAUCCACUCCAACCAGACGACCGUCGAGUACGUGGCCUUCACCACCAUCCCGGGGCUGACGGGGGUCAUCAUCACACUGGCGCUCAUCCUCAUGGUCACGUCCUCCACCGAGUUCAUCCGCAGGAACUACUUCGAGGUCUUCUGGUACACGCACCACCUCUUCCUCAUCUACUUCGCCGGCCUUGUCAUCCACGGCAUCGCUGGGCUGGUGCGCGGGCAAACGGAGGAGAGCAUAGAGGAGGUGCACCCCCAUCGCUGUGCCGAAUAUCUCACGCACAAGGACAAGAACUGCAGCCACAACUGCUGCAAAGACCCCGAGUUCGGGAGCAUCCCUGCUGAGUCCUGGAAGUGGGUUCUGGCCCCCGUCCUCCUCUACGUCUUCGAGCGGAUCCUCCGGGUCUGGCGUGCACGGCAGAAGGUGGUUGUCACCAAGGUGGUCAUGCACCCUGCCCGCGUGCUGGAGCUGCAGAUGCAGAAGAAGGGCUUCUGCAUGGAGGUGGGGCAGUACAUCUUUGUCAACUGCCCCGCCAUCUCCCUGCUGGAGUGGCACCCCUUCACCCUCACCUCAGCACCCGAGGAGGACUUCUUCUCCAUCCACAUCCGGGCGGCCGGCGACUGGACGGAGCGUCUCAUUGACACCUUCCAGCAGCAGAAGCUGGAGAAGCCCAGGAUCGAGGUGGAUGGCCCCUUCGGCACGGCCAGUGAAGACGUGUUCCAGUACGAGGUGGCCAUGCUGGUGGGAGCGGGCAUCGGUGUCACCCCCUUCGCCUCCAUCCUGAAGUCCAUCUGGUACAAGUUCCAGCAGGCUGACCAGACCCUCAAGACCAAGAAGAUCUACUUCUACUGGCUCUGCCGGGACACGGGAGCCUUCGCCUGGUUCAACGACCUGCUUGCCUCACUGGAGCAGAAGAUGGCAGAGUCGGGCAAGGCGGACUUUCUCACCUACCGUCUCUUCCUCACUGGCUGGGACACCAGCAUUGCCAACAACGUGGCGCUCCACUUCGACACCCCUACGGACACGGUGACGGGCCUCAGGCACAAAACCAUCUUUGGGCGGCCCAUGUGGAACAGCGAGUUUGCGGCGGUGGCUGCAGCCCACCCCAGGUCGGUGGUUGGCGUGUUCCUCUGCGGGCCAGGGGCCUUGGCAAAGAGCCUGCAGAAGUCUUGCCACCAACACUCCAGCCUGGACCCCAGGAAGGUCAAAUUCUACUUCAACAAGGAGAACUUCUAA